AUGUCGGAACCUGAAAGUGCAUACAGGAAACAAAAGAUUAAAGAAACAAAGCAACAGAAGAACUUUAUUCAAAGUAUAACUUCUGUAUUGACAACUACUCCAGAACCUGCUGUUGUGACGGCCCAAUAUGCUAAUGACCUAGUAAUCGAACCUGAAAUUGAAGCAUAUGCAAAGUUAGCAGGACAUGGAUGGACAUUUUUCGCUAGGGAUCUGAAAAUUACACUUGGUAGGAACACAGAUAGUAUACAGUCUGAUUCAAGUAUUCAUAAUAUUGGUGGUAUUGAUAUUGAUUUAGGGCCAACUAAGGUUGUUUCUAGAAAGCAUGCAACAAUCAGAUAUAAUAUGGAAUCCAUGGCAUGGCAAUUAUUCGUUAUGGGGCGUAAUGGUGCUAAGGUAGAUUGCGUUCGAGUUCCUGUCGGACCUGAUGCUCCACCUACUACAUUACAUAGCGGUUCACUCUUAGAUGUUGGCGGUAUUCAGAUGCUCUUCAUUUUACCUGGCAAAAAGCCACUCUUUUCAGAUACCGUUUUGAAUAUCUUAGUCCCAAGAUUAAUUAAUUUGUACGGUAAAGCUACUAAUGAGAACAAAUUCUUACGCGCUUUAAUUAACGAUUCACAAUACAUGAAAGAACACAACCUGCAUGCGGACCCAGUAGCAACUUCCAGUCAAAGUCCUAGAAAUAAUCAUUUAAAUGAUAUUGACGGUUCUGUGGAACUCUUUCAGAAUUCUCUUAACUCUUCAGACAUGCAUACAAAAUCAAAUGCUACUUCAGAUGGACAUUCCUUUACAACAGAUUCCCCUGUUGAAGCAGGCGAUACAUUGCUCUCUAAUGGGGAUGAAAGUCGAGUGGAACAAUCCAAUGAUAAUAUAAAUCAAAUUGUUUACAAUAAGUCCAUGAAAAGGGACCAUGAAAAAUCCUCGAGAAAGACAUCCUGGGCAGCGAUGAUAGCUGAGGCAAUCUUAUCCAAAGAGGAAGGGACUAUCACUUUAUCGGAUAUUUAUGUUUACAUUACGGACAAUUAUCCAUUGUACAUUUUAAAGAGUGCUGGGUGGAAAAAUGCAGUACGACACAACCUAUCAUUAAAUGCUGCAUUCGAGAAAGUUCCAAGAAGAGCAAACGAAACAGGUAAAGGUAUGUAUUGGAGAAUAGCAGAAGCAUAUAAGACAAACUUUCUGAACCAAUGGAAACGUGGUGAAGUAAAUAAGGUAAGACGUGGUGGUGCUGUUGACAGAGUCCUCCACCUGUAUAUAUCUAGACACAGCAAAUUUCCGGAACAGAAACCAGUGGAAACGAAACCGGUACAUGUUGAAUUGCAAGAAAUGUCAGUGGCUCUGCAAAAUGAUAAGAUACCUGAUCAAGGAGAGGAAAUUUUACCCCUUGAACCUAGUGUUGAUACAAAGGAUGUCGCUGCUUCUAAUAAUUCCUGA